ACCGCGGGCGCGAGUGCUGUGUGUACGACGUGUGUGUGUUGGUGUGUGUGUUGGAAGCGUCAAUCAGUGGAGUGAAGCGAGUGGAGUGUUGGAUUCGCGAUGCACGGAACGGAACGGCGUCGCCAGCGAAGGGUGCACCAUGGUGCUAAUGCUGUUGGUGGUGGUGGUGGUGGUGGCGGUGUCAGUGGCAUUACCGUGGCAGCCUCAGUUCACUCCAAUGGUGUAGCGGGCAGUACGUUACUGAGCCAAGCGGCAUCGGCACACCAUCAGCCCUCGAUACACCCGACCGUCUGGGAGAUACUGUCCGCCGAGCUGAUCCUUUCGAAUGAACCGGAGGGAACACCGGAACUGCCGGCCGCCAAUCGGGCCCUGUUCCUCGAGAAGGUGCGCCAAUCGAACACGGCCUGCCAGAACGGUGACUUCAGCACGGCCGUCCAGCUGUACACCGAUGCGCUCGGGCUGGAUCCGGGCAAUCACAUCCUCUACAGUAACCGGUCGGCGGCCCGGCUCAAACAGGGCCAGUUUGCGCUCGCCCUCCAAGAUGCAACACGUGCCCGCGAACUGUGCCCCCAGUGGCCAAAGGCGUACUUCCGCCAGGGGGUCGCCCUACAGUGUCUCGGUCGGUACGGUGAAGCACUGGCCGCGUUCAGUGCCGGCCUUGCCCAGGAUCCCAACAGUAAGCAGCUGCUGGCCGGGUUGGUGGAAGCAUCGAUCAAAAGUCCACUCCGGCAUGCACUCGAACCAACGUUCCAGCAGCUGAAAGCGAUGAAACUCGAUCAAUCGCCGUUCGUCGUGAUUUCGGUUGUGGGGCAGGAGCUGCUCGGUGCCGGUCAGUAUCAUGCGGCCGUUACGGUGCUCGAAUCGGCCCUCCGGAUCGGUUCCUGUUCGCUCAAGCUCCGUGGGUCCGUGUUUUCGGCGCUCAGCUCAGCCCACUGGGCACUGAAUCAGCUCGAUAAAGCGAUCGCCUACAUGCAGCAGGAUCUGGCGGUGGCCAAGAGCCUGGGUGAUACGGCCGGAGAGUGCCGGGCACACGGGAACCUUGGUUCCGCUUACUUCAGCCAGGGUUCGUACAAGGAAGCGCUAACGUCACACCGGUACCAGCUGGUGCUGGCGAUGAAGUGUAAGGAUACGCAGGCGGCUGCCGCAGCACUGACCUCACUUGGUCACGUUUACACCGCGAUCGGCGAUUAUCCGAAUGCGCUGGCCUCCCACAAACAGUGUGUGCAGUUGGUGAAACAGAUGGGUGAUCGGUUGCAGGAGGCGCGGGAGAUUGGUAACGUCGGUGCGGUGUAUCUGGCGAUGGGUGAGUUCGAUUCGGCGGUCGAUUGCCAUACCCAGCACUUGCGGCUGGCCCGGAAGCUUGGGAAUCAGGUGGAGGAAGCGAGGGCGUACAGUAAUCUUGGUUCGAGCUACCACUACAAGCGUAACUUUACGCAAGCCAUCACGUACCACGAGAGUGUGCUGCGGAUCGCGCAGCAGCUCGGUGAUCGAGCGAUCGAGGCACGGGCCUACGCUGGCCUAGGGCAUGCGGCACGCUGUGGGCACGAUUUUGUGCAAGCAAAACGGUGGCACGAGAAGCAGCUGGAGAUGGCACUGGCUGCGCGGGAUAAGGUUGGUGAGGGGCGCGCUUGCUCCAACCUCGGCAUCGUGUACCAGCUGCUUGGCGAGCACGAUGCGGCGCUGAAGCUCCACCAGGCACACCUCACGAUCGCACGGCAGCUACAGGAUAAAGCUGGGAUGGGCCGUGCGUACGGUAACAUCGGGAAUGCGUACUCGGCCGCCGGGUACUACGAAUCCGCCAUCAAGUACCACAAACAGGAACUGAUCAUCAGCAAGGAGGUGCACGAUCGUAGUGCGGAAGCAUCCACUCACGGCAACCUGGCCGUCGCUUACCAAGCACUCGGUGCGCACGAUAUGGCCCUGAUGCACUACCGGGCACAUCUGAAUAUAGCGCGCGAACUCAAAGACACGGCCGGUGAAGCGUGCGCCCUGCUGAACCUCGGUAACUGUCUCAGCUCACGGCAAGAGUUUGCCCAGGCCGUCCCGUACUACGAACAGUACCUGAUGCUCUCCCAGGAGCUCGGUGAUGUGGCGGCCGAAGGGAAGGCUUGCCAUUUCCUCGGCUACGCACACUACUGCAUCGGCAACUACCGGGAAGCGGUCCGGUACUACGAUCAGGACCUAGCGCUUGCCAAAGAUCUGCAGAACAAGAUGAACAUGGGCCGGGCGUACUGUAACCUCGGGUUGGCGCAUCUUGCCCUCGGCAACACCGGGGGGGCACUCGAGUGCCAAAAGUACUUCCUGGCGAUCGCGCACAUGACGAACCAUCUGCCGGGGAAGUUCCGUGCCCUCGGUAACAUCGGUGACGUGCUGAUCCGGAUGGGGGACGUUGAUGAGGCGAUCAAAAUGUACCAACGGCAGCUAGCGCUCGCAAGGCAAACGCGCGAACGUGGCAUGGAAGCGGCGGCUUGCGGUGCGCUGGGACUCGCCCAUCGGUUGCUGAAAAAGUUCGACAAAGCGCUCGGUUACCAUACGCAGGAACUGACGUUACGGCAGGAGAUGGGUGAUCUACCGGGCGAGUGUCGGGCGCACGGGCACCUCGGCGCUGUCCAUAUGGCACUCGGGAACUAUACGCACGCGGUCAAGUGCUACCAGGAGCAGCUCGAGCGCGCCCAGGAGCUACAGGAUUCGGCGGUUGAAGCGCAAGCGUUCGGUAACCUGGGGAUCGCGAGGCUCAACAUGGGUCACUACGAGGAUGCGAUCGGUUACCUCGAGCAGCAGCUCGGAACGUUGGAGCAGGUGAACACCCCGACGGCACAGCACGAUCGAGCGCGGGCCCUCGGCCAUCUGGGUGAUUGUUACGAUGCGCUGGGUGAUUACCAUGCCGAAGCGAUCAAGUGCCACGAGCGUCACCUACAGCUAGCGAUCGCACUGCAGAGUGCACGGGAUCAGGAACGGGCGUACCGGGGGCUCGGCAAUUGCUACAAAUCCGUCGGUAACCUGCAGGAAGCGCUCGUCUGCCUGGAGAAACGCCUCGUAGUCGCGCACGAGCUCGGUAGCCCGGAGGCGAAAGCGGCCGCCUACGGGGAUCUCGGUGCGAUCCACAGUGCCCUCGGGAAUUACGAACAAGCCAUCAACUGUCUCGAGCACCAGCGGGACAUUGCGCGGGAUCUGGGUGAUCGCGUACUGACGUCCGAUGCGCUCAGUGGUCUCGGUGGUGUGUUCCAGCAGAUGGGCGAUUACGAGGAAUCGCUUCGGUUGCACAAACAGGACCUGGAACUGUGUGAAGCGAUCAACCAUGGUACACUGCAGGCGCGAGCCUGUGGGAACCUCGGUUCGGUGUACGAUUCGUUGGCCAGCUUCCCGGACUCGGCACGGUACUACGAGAAGCAACUGACGCUGACGGGUGACCGGUUAACGAAGGCACACGCCUGUCUAGCGCUCGGUCGGGUUUAUCACAUGAUGGAACAGAUUCCACCCGCCAUCAACUUCCUCCGGCAGGGCCUAGCGAUCGCACAAUCGCUAAACAAACUCGAGGAUGAAGCCAAAAUACGGUACCGGCUCGGUAUGUCGCUGCUAGCGUCCGGUGAUGACGAUACGGCACGCCAACAGAUGGAAAGUGCGGCGCAAAUCCUGGAAUCCAUCCGCAGCGAUCAGGUGACGGCCGAAGCGCGUACGAGUUUGUACGAUCUACAGACGUCCUGCUAUCAGUCACUGCAGCGUGUGCUGGUUGGGUUGGGCCGUAACGAGGAAGCGCUGGUCGCUGCCGAACGGUGUCGAUCGCGGAUGGGCGCUGACUCGAACCAGAGUGCCGAAAACUCCCUGAACAACCGCAAAACGUUGCUCACCUGUAGCGAGUACAUUUUUGAUACGGUCAAUCGCAGCAAAACCAGCAUCAUCUACUACAGUCUGGCCGGGAAUGAGCUGUACGCGUGGUUCCUUCAACCUCAGAAGCGCAUCGUGCGCUUCCACGCGACCACAAUCGACGAACAGACGCUGCCGAUGAAGAAGAAGCAGCUACUGAUGGCGGCACUCGGUUCGGAGAAGAAAAUGAUCGGUGGCAGUGGAUCGGUGGCUGGUGGUGGUACGGGUCAGCAGGACGGUUCGGUGCAAGGGGAAAGUUUGCUCGAGCAGUACAUCAACUAUGUGCGCGACAGUUUGGGCGUCAAUUCGGGGAGCGUGCUGCAGGAGGGCGACGGUAGUGGCUGGAAGUCAUCGAACGAGAACCUGAUCGACGAUUUCGCCAACGAGCGAGCGGGUUUCCUGCGGAUGGUCAACCGGAAUCAUCUGAUGAACUCGAGCAACUACUCGCUCAGCUCGCUCUUCAGUCUCGGCAGUGUCGGUGGUUCCGUCGCCAGUCUGCAGGGUUCAACAAGGUCAAUCGGAAGCCUGCAGGGAUCGACACGAUCGAGACGCUCGAAUAUGUUGCCACCGUGGCAGGGACCGUCCUGUCUGCACGUGCUCUACAAUCUGCUGCUGGCACCGUUCGAGGAUCUGCUACCGGACAUUAGCACAACGGCCCGUAUUGGCCGACGUGAGUUGAUUCUGGUGCUCGAGAAGGAGCUGUACCUUGUGCCGUUUGCGAUCCUGCGCAGUGGCGACGAGGAUGGUGAAUAUCUGUCCGAACGCUGCUCACUUCUGACCGUACCAUCGUUGCACACGUUGCGCCAGAAGAGCCGUACGAAAACCCGUGAACCAGCCGAAGGACUGAACAGUGCGCUGGUGAUCGGUGGUCCAAAGAUACCGGCCUCCCUCUCGGAGACCUGGGGCUGGUCAGAAUCACCGGCCUCCCUCCAGGAAGCGGCCAUGGUCAGCGAUAUGCUCGGUACGAAACCGCUCGUCAGCUCGAACGCCACAAAGGAAGCGAUCGUGGCCGAGCUGCCCGGUGCCGAGUGUGUACACUUUGCGGCCAACGUUAGCUGGAAGCUCGGUGCGGUCGUGCUGAGCCCUGGCGAUCUGCUCGACACACCUUCCGCCUCCUCCCAGAAGCGCCUUCUGUACGGUGGUUCCGGUUCGGCAACGCUAUCGAUCACCACGACGACGACAACAACGAUGGCGACAACGACAUCGGCUGCGGCAUCGAUGGUCUCCGGUGAGCUACCAUCUUCACUCGCCGGUGGUCCCGGUUCGACCGGUGAUGCCGACGACGAUCCAUCGGAUCGACUGUCCCCCUCGAACAUGGAGAUACCACCCCUGUCCGACUUCAUCCUCAGCCGUUCGGAUCUUCAAUCGAUGAAACUCGGUGCGAAGCUGGUCGUCCUAAGCUCGUACCACUCCGUCGAACCGAUCACGGGCCGUGGUGUGGCGAAUCUGGCCAGUAGCUGGCUGUACGCGGGUACCGGUGCCGUACUCGUGUCCCUCUGGCCCGUCCCGGAGACGGCGGCCAAGAUACUGCUCCGUGCGUUCUACUCCGCCCUGCUCCAAGGUACCCGUGCAGCGAAAGCGCUCGCUGAAGCGAUGCAAACGGUCCAGCACACGAAACACUUUGCCCAUCCGGCAAACUGGGCCGGUUUCAUACUGAUCGGUGGUAACGUGCGGCUCUCGAACAAGGUUGCCCUGAUCGGGCAGGCACUGUGCGAACUGAUGCGCACUCCGGACAAGUGUCGCGAUGCGCUGCGUGUUUGUUUGCAUUUGGUCGAGAAGAGUUUGCAGCGGAUACACCGGGGGCAGAAGAAUGCCAUGUACACGACACAGAAGAGUAUCGACAAUAAGGCGGGCCCGGUCGGUGGCUGGAAGGAUCUGUUGAUGGCCGUCGGGUUCCGGUUCGAACCGGCCGCCAAUGGGAUCCCGUCGAGUGUGUUUUUCCCCCAAAGUGACCCGGAGGAUCGAUUGUCUCAGUGUUCGGCCAGUUUGCAGGCACUGCUCGGUCUUUCACCGACGACGUUGCAUGCCCUCUCGAAGCUGGUACAUGGGGCGGAGAUUGCGGAUGAAAUUAUCGGAGUGAUGCGCCAUGUGGUGGCUCAGUUUCCAUCGAAGGGUCCGAACAUUAGCAACACUGCCACACUCCCGAUAGGUGAAGCAGCCGGUGGAGGAGGAGGAGGAGGAGGAGUGGUAGGAGGAGGUGGAGGUGAGAGUGCGAUCGAGGUACCGCUCAGUGUGCGGCUGUGGCGUGUUUCCGGAUGCCACGAGUUGCUCGCUUCGCUCGGUUUCGAUCUGAUGGAGGUGGGCCAGGAUCAGGUGACACUGCGGACGGGCAAACAGGCGAACCGCAGAAACUGCCAGUUUGUGCUGCAGGCCCUGUUGGCCUUGUUCGAUACCCAGGAAGCACCCAAGAGUCUCGGUAUCGAAUCGAUGAGCAGUAGUUCCGAGUCGCUGAAUGAAGAUGAUUCCGGCGAUGAGCAACCGUCCACGGUGGCUAGUGGGCAGCAGGAUAACCAAGCAAUCACAGCAGGCCAUUCACAGCAACAGCAGCAGCAGCAGCAGCAGCAGCAGCAGCAAUCUCAGCAAUCGGGUUCCAUCCAGCAACAACAACAGCAACAACAACAGCAACAGCAACAACUGAUGAAGAGCUCCACCUCGUCCACCGUGAGCCCUACACCGACGAAUGCGGACUCACAGCAGCGCAGCAUCUCACCCGCCGUCACCGUCAAAUCGCAAUCGAGUUACAACAACUUUACCAACUCACGACCACCGUUGCCACUGCGGCGCGUUCCGUUCCUUAGCACACGCAGUGCCUUCAUCUCGUACGUACGACGCCGCGGUGAACCGGAUGGUGGCCAAACUGAGGUCGUCAGUGGCGUGCAGCAGCAGCAGCAGCAGCAGCAGCAACAGCAAUCAACAGCCAACGCACCACUCGAUACGAGCCUCGCCAACACCACCGACAGUGAGCUCUCGGAUGGGUACACGACGCAGCAGAUCCUGCUGAAGAGCGAUCACCUCGCGAAGGGUCUCGGUUACUCGAGUCUGCGUGGUACGAUCAAGGUAUCGCGCCCCGGUGGUGGUGGUGAGAGUGAUGCUGCCUUCACACCGAGCCCACCGGUCACACUCCAGAACGUGGAUCCCAACGUGUCACUAGCGUUGGCCCAUCAGACGCGCAUCAAGAAUCUCUACACCAACAACAACGGUCACCACGUUGCACCACCACUACCACCCGGAGUCCCGGCCACAGGAGGACUCGGGGCAGGAACAGGACCACCGCCAGCCCCAACGAUGGGCAUGACGGCGGCAGGUCUACUCUCAGGGCACCAUCUCGGUGGUUACAAUGUGCACGGUGAUAUGCCACUGUCCCGAUCGCAUCCAUCCGAUAACGGACCAGUCCAUCAUCAUCCCAAUCCGGCCAGUAACAACCAUCAUCGCCACCGACCGGAUAGUUCCAGUUCCGCUAGUUCAGCGACGGAUUGGGAAGGUUCAGGUCAUGCCACGGUACUGCGGCGUGCCCAGGGUCAUCACCUACCACCGUUGCCACCACCACGCCAAACUCUACCGAUGGUCGAGAGCUUACGACCGCUGGCACCACUUGCACCCGUUUACAACAACAUCAACGGAUCGGCUUCCGUUGGUAGUUCCGUCGGUGGGAAGCAGCUCGUCAAUGGAAACAACGGCGGUGUUAAUGGUGGUCCAAACGGAAACCGGGCACCACCCCCACCGGCACUCUCGUCGAUGCUCGAAUCGACCAGUUCCGAUUCGGAGUUUGAACGAUCGUUCGAUCUGCCCGGUGGUUCGAGUGCCGCUUCGAUCAGCAGCAAGCUCACUUCGCUCGCCCACAGUCUGCAGAGUAUGCGAUCGCGCAACAAGCUGGGCCGGCCACUCGGUACCGGUGGUGUACCACAUCAUCAACAGCAGCAGCAGCAGCAACAGGCAUCGCACGGUCACGGUCAACUGCAUCACGGCCGUACGACGACCAGCGGUACCGGUAAACUGUCAGCCUCGACGCUAUCGUCCUUCGAUCAUCAUCAGUUCGGUUUCCUCGAUCGGUUGAGCUGCCGCACCGAGAUCCCUACGGCGGCGACGCUCGGUAACCAUCUCGGUGUCGCACCGGGUGCGCACCGUAAGCUGAUCAACGCCACGGCCCUCUCGACACUGCCCGAUGACGAGCGAACGCUCAACCUGAACGCCAGCAAGCUCUACUUCUCGCCAACCGAUGCCGAAAUCAUUCCGCUGUCGGAUGCAACGGCCGAGCUGGGGCUUGGUGCCGGUACUGGUAAGUCCGGUCCGCUCCAUCAUCAACCGCUCCUCACGUCCGUCAUGUCGGUAAGCGGUGCUGGCGGUGGUGCUGCAGGAGUCACUUCCGGUGGAAAGGAUGGCAGUGGCAAUGGUGCCGGUGGUGCUGGUUCCGCGACAUCCACGAAUGCAACCGCCAGCAACCAAAAGACGAUCCAGGACUCGAUAUUGAGGCAUAUGAGCCGCGAAAUGACACCGACCAUCUCGGAGGUGUACCACGAGCGGAACAUCGGGCUCGGACUCGCUCCAUCCCUGUCGAAGCUGCUGCUCAGCAAGAACUACGAUGAGGCGGCCGAUCUUAAAGGACCGGCCAAUGGUUCGAGCAUUGGAAAUGGUGGCAAUGGUAGUGCUGCUGGUGGAGGUUCUUCUUCGUCAGCUUCGGCCGCUGCUUCAGCAGCAGCGGCAGCGGCGGCGGCUGCAGCUUCGCUUCUCAACAAACCAAGUGCCGCCCUUACGGUGGGCAAUCUGGCCGAGGCGAUGAACGAGAUCGAGAUGAAUGCGACCACAUCGAGCAAGCUGGACGUCGAGGGUGCCUGCGGUAUCUGUAGCUCACCGUCCGAUCUGCUGUGCGGUUGCAGCGCAACGUCUACGGUGGCGGCGGUUGCUGCGAUGACGGCCGCACUCGGGGCCAGUACGAUCGCGGGCAAAAAGUCCAGCUCGAACAAACCCUGGCUGAGCAACGUGUCGCCCAACAUCGUGAAGGCGAGCGAUCUGACGACGGCCGACAUACUGGAGCAGCAGAAGCAGCUGAAAUCCUCGUCCGUUGCCAGUGGCCUGACCAGCAAUCUGUCCUCAUCCACCGAGAACUCGCUGUCGACCGUGGUGAAGCGCAGUGGUUCCCCGUUUUCCGAUCUUUCACGGCGUGACGAAGGCGAUGGGCGCAGUGUGGCCGAUUCGCAGUGUUCGGGCAGCUUCCGGACCGACAUUACCGGCUCGACGGUAACGACUUCCAAGAGCUCCGGUCAGCAGCACCAGCAGCAACAGCAACAGCAACAGCAACAGCAACAGCAGCAGCAGCAACAGCAACAACAACAACAACAACAACAGCAGCAGCAGCACCAGCAAGGAUCCAUCGGUAUAAGCAGUGAGCAUCUGAAUGGACAAUCGCAGCAACCACAGCAGUCAUCAACGCUGCCCGUUACGGUGUCCAGCGUUACCCAGCAACGCUCCAAGUACAUUAUCGAUACGUAAAGCACGGUCACUGAUAGCGCGCGUGUAAAGAGACGUAGUGUACAGGAUUUAGGAUUUUACACUUAGGAAUAGAAUUUGUGUAGGAGCGCACUCGCGCACUACAGUUGUACAGAUUUGUUACUAGACGGUAACUGUAGUCCAUGGAACUGAUUAGCCAUUUAGGUAGAACCGUACGCUCCGUAGGAAGGGGUUUUAGUAGAUGUUGCCGUCCCUAGAAGAAUGAACGGUUGAAUAAA